AUGGUGAGUGAAUAUCCACAACGCCGGUACGGUCGCUGGAAGGAGUGUGGUAUCGUUUGUGGACUUUUGGUUGUCGGCUUAGCAGUGGCUCUAGCUGUAGUUCUGGUCCUUAAAAACAAGGAGCUGGAGGAGAAAUUCGCUCCUCCAUGUGCUUCUGGUGAUGAAAACAUAGACAUCAGAGAGCAGGACAGUCCGAGCGUGUUUUCAGACCUAACAACAGCAGAACUGCGUGCUGUUGUUGACUACCUCUAUCAACAAUCCGAUUUGAACGUGGUGCAAUCUUUAGAUGCGUCACUGAACACCAGCUACAUUUAUUUUGUCGAAUUAAACGUCGCGAACAAAACGGCCGUGUUGAAUCACCUGGAUAACCAGGCUGAUGCUCCGGAACGCCGUGCCAAAGUAGUGAUAUUUCGGGGAGAUUUGGAUGUGCCCAGGAUCGAGGAAUGCGAAGUGGGUCCUCUGCCCAAUCCAACUUUUCAUACAAUCAUCUACAGGAAUGGCAAAGAUUCAGUGCCUUUCACAUACAGACCAAUUACGUUAAAAGAAUUCGAAGGGAUUGUUAAGUAUGUAUUUGUAGGAGAAAUUGAGCAAAAAGGUAGAAGAAUUUUAUUGGAGAGUUUUGACGCCAGUUUCUCUGAUUGCGGCAUCAAAUGCUUGACGUUUUACAUAACUCCUGUCUCCGCCUCGAACUACGGCAAAUUGACACGCAACAUGUGGUUUUGGAUUAAUCAUGAUGUAAAGUACUAUGCUUUGCAUCCGUUGGACUUUAAGGUUUUGGUCAAUCUAGACGGUGCGGACCCGUCAAAAUUCAAAAUAACAAAAGUAUGGUACAAUCAACAGUUGUUCAACAGCAUGGACGACCUUGUCAGUGCUUAUGAGAACAAUAAAGUGGAAAAAAUUGUUAUGAAAUUUCCCCAAGUAGAUGAAAGUACAUUUUCGACUUCAAAUCAGCGCGGAGAACCCUUUCCCAGUAAACCUUUGCGGAGUCCAAUUCAGGUUGAGCCUGACGGAAAGCGUUACACAAUCAAAGGGCAGCACGUGGAGUAUAUGGGUUGGGCGUUUGAAUAUCGUAUGUCUACAAAUACAGGUCCGAUGUUGUUUGAUGUCAGAUAUCGUGGAGAAAGAAUUGCAUGCGAAAUUAGUCUGCAGGAAAUAGUCGUGUUCUACUCGGCUAAUAGCCCGUCACACAGAUUUGCCGACUUUGUGGACAGCGUUGCUCUGAUCGGCUCCUUGUCAAAAGCUCUAAUCCCAGGCGCGGAUUGUCCGGAUCACUCGACUUUUCUGCCUUCCCGCCACGUAUUGGAGGCAUCUUCUGAACCAGUCGUGUAUGAGAACUCCCUAUGUUUGUUCGAACAAGCCACGGGAGUCCCAUUGAGGAGACAUCACUCCUACGGCAAACACGCUGGAUGGUUCUCUGGAAGCAUGAUGGACAAUGUGCUCAUUCUUAGAACUGUUCUGACUGUUGCAAACUACGACUAUAUCUUUGACUUUAUUUUUCGCGGAAAUUACCAGGGUUACAUUUUGUAUUUGUUGCAGGAUCUUGUGGCUUGGCUCACAAUGGGCAUUCAUCACAUCCCUCAUACCGAGGAUCUGCCAAUUACACCGACGCCGGGAGGACAACUACAGUUCUUCCUGCUUCCAUACAACUACUUCACGGAGGACCCGUCAUCAGGCUCUAAGAACGCCAUCUACACGGAGCUGAAAUAUGCCUCUGACAACUCAGCGCCUACAGUGGACAUUAACCGUUAUGGAUAUGGUGGAGAGCCUCAAUGUGUUCCGCAAAAAUCAAAAUUUGACCAACAAGUGGCAGAAGAUCCCGAUUUGGUGUUUUCAACAGGCCGGACAUUCGGAUAA